CUAUAAAAAAGAAAGCAGGGAGACCAUCGCUAUCCCGCACCACACCACUAGUACACACUUCCAGCUCUCCAUCUCUUCCUCUCUCUUCCUUCACAGCACGCGCAACGCCAGCCACCGAGCCAGAGCCCGCCACCAACCAAGCGCGAUGGGCAAGAAGAAGAGCGGCAACGACGCGCCCAAGCCCACGGCGUUCGUGCUCAAGGUGCCGAUGCACUGCCGCUGCGACGGGUGCGCCGACAAGAUCCGCGCCGCCGUCAAGGACCUCACGCUCCGCUGCGACGGCAUCGUGUCGCUCGACCAGUCGGCUCUCGACACCAAGGGCGACCUGGCGGUGGUGGCCACGGCCGACCCGGAGAGGCUCCGCCGCCGCCUGCGCAAGGCCACCGGCAAGGACGUCGGCCUCGUCUUCCCCAAGCCCACCAAGGCGGACGGUGGCAAGGACAAGGACAAGGACGCCGUGCAGGCGCUGCUCGCCGGCCUUCAGCAGCAGCAGCAGCCGGUGCACGCCCACCCGAUGCCUGCCGUCGGCACCUGGAACGCGCUCCAGUACGGCGGGUACGGGCAGGCGGCGUACCCGUGGGGGGUGCUGCAACAGCAGCAGGCGCCGUACUUGGCGUCCUACCCCGCCGCCGCGUACCCUGCUGCUUCCUGGGCCGCGUACCCGCACGGCGGCGGAUGGCUCGGGUUCUGACCGACCGGCGGUGGAGCAGAGCAGGAGCAGGUGAUGGAUGGAGCUUUCGACGUUGUAGGGAACAAGUACUAGUUGUGUCGGUGGCUGUGUCUACGUACUAGAUUUCGACUGUUGUCUUUGCUGAGAAACAGCAGUAAUGGUUGCAUUUUGGUGUGUUUGUGUGUGUUGUUGGACGAUGAUGAGUUGUACUUCAUUUUGGUAGCUCAGUCAGCUGGGCUCUCAUCUCAAUCUCAUCUCAUGCAUGCUGCUCUGUAACGGCACCUGAAAUCUUUUGCACCACUCAAGUGUUGUGUCAAGAGGAAUGAAGUAACUCCCUCCAUC